CGGCACAAGAUCACCAAAAAAAUCAAUUGCAGCAACCAAAUGUCAUCACGAGAUUCUGAACUGAGUUCCAGUAAUGCAUCAUCGUCAAGCACAGAGUCACUUUCUCUUACCAAGUCUAUCUUCAUAGAUGAUAGUUUUGAUGAAGAGGCUGACUCAUUUGUGAUUGAAACCGGCACGGUUCAGGUUCCAAUUUUGAUAUCUACAUUUUUAACGGGUAAAAAACGUGCACAUGGGGGUUCAACGGUUGGUAGAGAAUAUAUUUUCCGUGAUAGGAAAGAUCGUCAUGAUUUGAUUAAAAGUGACUAUUUCAUUGGUGAAAAGUCAAAGUAUACUCCGGAUAAAUUUCGUCGUCGAUUUCGUAUGGAUAUUAAGUUAUUCGAGCGAAUUUUGCAUGCAGUAGAGAAUUAUGAUAAUUACUUUACACAAAAGGUUGAUGCGGUUGGAAACAUAGGGUUGAGUCCUUUACAAAAGGUUGUAGCCGCAAUACGAAUGCUUGCAUACGGCUGUUCAGCUGAUUCCCUUGAUGAAUAUGUUCAAAUAGGUGAGAGUACUACAAUUGAAUGUCUUAAAAAAUUUUGUGGUGCUAUAAUAGGAUUGUUCGAAGAAAAAUAUCUUAGAAAACCAAAUAAGUCUGAUAUUGCAAGUCUAUUACAAGAUAGUGAAGCUCGUGGGUUUCCAGGAAUGCUUGGUAGUCUAGAUUGCAUGCAUUGGCAUUGGAAAAAUUGUCCGACUGCUUGGCAUGGAACAUUUACUAACGGGUUCAAAAAAGUUCCCACUCUUAUUCUAGAGAUUGUGGCUUCACGUAGUUUAUGGAUUUGGCAUGCAUUCUUUGGUAUGGCUGGUACUAACAAUGAUGUUACUGUUCUUGAUAGAUCACCUCUAUUUGAUGACCUUGUUAAUGAUAUUGCACCACCAUGUGACUUUACAAUACAAGGCCAUCAAUACAAAAUGGGAUAUUAUCUAUCUGAUGGUAUCUAUCCACAAUAUGCCACAUUAAUCCAAACUAUUUCCCAACCCACUUCUAUGAAGGAGAGGCUAUUUGCAAAAUGUCAAGAAUCUGCUAGGAAGGAUGUGGAACGCGCAUUUGGAGUUUUACAAAGUCGUUGGCAUAUAGUAAAAGGUCCUGCUCGCAUGUGGAGUGCAACCGAUUUGGGGAAAAUAAUGAAGACAUGUAUCAUCUUGCACAAUAUGAUUAUUGAAAGUGAGGUUGCCGAAGGCAUCAAUCCUGAAAAUUGGCGGCCAGAAAGCGAUGAAGCAGUAGAAGAUGUUACUCCAGAGCAUGAUUUCACUUAUCUUAUGUCGAAAAUAAAUGGUAGAAUGAAAGAAAUACAAGAUAAAAGAGUGCAUAAAGAUCUGAAACGUGAUCUUAUCAACCACCUGUGGGAAUUGUAUGGUGAUCAGGGUGAAGAUUGAGGUGUCUUGGCUAAGUUCUACGUAGUAGUUUAUUAGUAUUGCAUUUCAGUUUGUGUUUUUCAUUCAGACUUUCAGAGUUUUGUAAUGGAUGCUUCAGUGCAACAAUCUAUCUUUAAGGUUCACAUGUUUUUGGAUGUUUUAUAUAUUGGACUUGUUAUGUUAUAAAUAGUUUUUUACUAGACUUGUUUAUGACAUGUUAUACAUGUUU